GCUGGUUUUUCAUUGGCUGGCUGUGUUGGAGGGUAGCUGGAUCCAGUCGUUCAGUGUUAAGCGGCCACCGCUUAGAGUGGGAGGUGCUGCGGGAGCUCCGUGGGUCGCUGAGGCGAUGGUUUUGUGAGCCUCCUGGAAAGGGGUUGUCUGCGCAGCGAGCCUAUGGCUGCCGUUGCGGUGAAGGCUGCGUGCAGUAGCCUCUGGAAGGGCAGCGGUGCCAGCCUGCAGCUGGUGGCCGCUUCUUCCAGCCACAGUGGCGGCUGUUCUAAAGCCAGUCCUUGUGGUGGAGGCAGCGGCGCCGCGGAGCUGGGAAACGGGCACGUCGGCUGCGGCCAGCAAAAGGCUCACCAGCAUCAGUCUGCGGGGUAUUCCUCCCAGCCCCCUUCUGUAAGCAGCAAAGCCAAGAAAUCGGCGGGACCCGGCCAUGCCGCGGCCAAAACGGCAACUGCUCUCUUGGGCAGCCAGCCCAGUCCGGUCGAGGGGAUCGACACCAAGUCCUACCUGUGGGCUAGGUACCACGAAAUGAAAAGGCUGGUUAACGAUCUUCUCCCACCAGGUGUCUGCAGUCUCCUUAAUCCAGCAGCUAUCUAUGCAAAUAAUGAGAUCAGCCUGGGAGACGUGGAGAUCUAUGGCUUUGAUUAUGACUACACAUUAGCACAGUAUUCUAAUCUGUUACAUUCAAUGAUAUUCAACACUGCCAGAGACAUCCUAAUUGAACAGUAUAAGUACCCAGAAGAACUUAGGAAAUAUGAAUACAUUCCAGGAUUUGCCAUAAGAGGACUGCAUUAUGAUGUGCAUAAGAGCCUUCUGAUGAAGAUUGAUGCUUUCCACUAUGUUCAGCUGGGUACAGCAUAUCAGGGUUUGAAACCAGUGCCGGAUGAAGAGGUUACUGAGAUGUAUGGAGGAACUCAGCACAUCCCAUUAUACCAAAUGAGUGAUUUCUAUGGCAAGGGUCCAUCAAUUAAACAAUUUAUGGACAUCUUCUCUCUUCCUGAAAUGACUCUGCUUUCAUCAGUGACUGAUUAUUUCAUGGCUCAUAAUAUUGAGUAUGACCAAGUUCAUCUUUACAAGGAUAUAAGUGAUGCCAUUAAAGAUGUUCAUGUGAAAGGAAUGAUGUACAAAUGGAUUGAAAAGGAUAUGGAAAAAUAUAUUCUUCAUGGAGAUGAAACCUAUGCCGUCCUAAACCGCCUGGUUAGCCACAAUAAAAAACUUUUCCUUAUCACAAACAGUCCCUUCAGUUUUGUUGAUAAGGGAAUGAAGUACAUGGUUGGCAAGGACUGGAGAGACCUCUUUGAUAUGGUCAUAGUGCAAGCAGAUAAGCCCAGUUUCUUCACUGAUAAACGCAAACCUUUCAGAAAAAUGGAUGAAAGAGGUUCACUUCACUGGGACAAGAUAAGCAAACUGGAAAAGGGGAAGAUCUACAAACAGGGAAAUCUGUUUGACUUUCUGCGGCUAACAGGCUGGCGUGGUUCCAAGGUCCUUUAUUUUGGUGACCAUUUGUACAGUGACCUUGCUGAUCUUAUGCUGCUCCAUGGCUGGAGGACAGGAGCCAUUGUUCCAGAACUGGAAACAGAAAUCCGUAUCAUUAAUACAGAGCAAUACAUGCACUCUUUGACUUGGCAACAGGCACUUACAGGACUUCUGGAAAGGAUGCAGAUGUAUCAAGAUGCUGAAUCAAAGCAAGUACUUCUAGAGUGGAUGAAAGAACGACAGGAAAUCAGAGCACUUUCAAAAAACCUGUUUAACCCCCAGUUUGGAAGCAUUUUCCGAACCUUUCACAACCCAACCUACUUCUCUCGGAGACUGAUUCGUUUUUCUGACAUCUACAUGGCAUCCAUCAGCUGCCUGCUGAACUAUGAUGUGAACUUCACCUUUUACCCUCGGCGAACCCCUCUGCAGCAUGAAGCCCCCCUCUGGAUGGAUCAGCUCUGUACUGGCUGCAUGAAGACGCCAUUCUUAGAGGAGAUGGUACACAUCCGGUGAAGGAAGGCAGGAUCCCAGAUUAAAAGCAUUGUGGCAAUAGAUGCUGUGUAUGAGGGGCUUUGACUGUUCUGCCACAAAUUGCUACCCAUUUACUGUCUGGCCAUUGCUACACUUUGCCUCCCAGCACUUCCUAAAGAAGACACCUGGGAUGGACUGAAUGAGAGUAGAAAAAAUGUCUUAUAGAAAUGAUUUACUGAUAGCCAGUAAAGACUGGAGGAAGGUUUUCUUUUUGCUAUAAAAGUUUCGGCACCAAGGAAAUUUGCCCAAGAUGAUCAAAUCUAGAUCUUGGGCUCCAAUCUUAAGUACAGGUGACUGCUAUUUUCAGCACCUAUAUAUGCUGCAUAGCUCUGUUUGACCUUGUCUGCACAGAAGUGUUAUGUUUAGAAGUACAUUAUCGGUGAUAGUAUUGUCAGACUGGAAUGUUUAUUCAUCCUUUAGUAGGAAUCUCUCCAGUGUUAAGACAUGAGCCCUGACAUGUUAUUCAGUAACCUGUAUCACUUUUGCCUUAUUGCUGAUACACAGUGCAUUUGAAUUGUUAAAAUAGAUAACGUAAUUGUCUUCUGUUGAAAAGACUUGUGCUCACAUGUAUUCAGAACAAGCAGUUGAGCAUGGUACAGGAAACAAUAAAGAGCAAAUGACGACAACGGACACAGAUCUGCUAAAUGGAUCUUAUUCUCGGCUUGCUUGGCCCUUCUAUGUCAGUCUGGGUAGAUGGGUGUCUCUGUUCAUAAAUAAACAGAAACUGAACUAAUGAGA